AUGGAAAGCUUGAGUUCAAAGGAAAAUAAUAAUAAAACAUUGAUAGAUUACAUGUGUAUUACCCCUACUGGAUCAUUGUUUUCAUGGUGUUUUAAUAGCUGUAGAUUUCUGAAUUACAAUGAUGCUGCUUGCUAUUACCUGUUAUACCCCAUGCUUGUUUAUAUUAGGUGGCUACUGAAUGCAUUAGCAGUAGCUGUUAUAAUAAAAGCAUAUUGUUCAUUAGAAAUGUAUAGUGUUUUCAGGUGCAUGAGCGGCAGCACACCUAAUUCUAAACUCAAACGAAUCAGGAAGUAUAUAGAACAAGAGAGAUUAGUCUAUUCGUUUCAAACCGAUCAACCAGAAGAAGUGAAACCAGAGGAAGUUAAACCAACAAAAGAUAGUCUAAAAGGAGCGAAGAUGGGUGAACAAACUUUGAAGGAGAUGGAAGCCCCAAAUAUGGGAGAUGAUCCUCUCUGCAUUGUGUUCCCAGAGCUGGACAAACCCCUCAAACUGAAUUUAGGUUUCCUUAAUCUUCUUCCCAAAUACUAUGGGAAAUCAGGUGGGAAUCCUCAUCGACAUUUAAAAGAGUUUAAGGUUGUUUGUUCUUCUAUGAAUCUUGAAGGAGUUGAAAAAGAUCAUAUUAGAUUGCAUGCUUUUCCUUUUUCUUUGCAUGAUUUGGCUAAAGAUUGGUUGUAUGAUCUUCCUGCUGGAUCAAUUACGACUUGGAAUGUUAUGGCAUCAACUUUUCUAGAAAAGUACUUUCCAGCAAGUCUAAUUGGAUCCAUCAGGAAGGAGAUAUGUGGAAUUAGGCAGAAUGAUAAUGAGUCCUUGUAUGAAUAUUGGGAACGUUUUAAGAGACUGUGUUCCUCAUGUCCCCAACAUCAGAUUAGUGACCAACUAUUAAUUCAGUACUUUUAUGAAGACCUAUUGCCUACUGAUAGGGAACAUGGUUCUGGAAAUGAUGUUAAAAGAGUAAAUGGAGUUGAUUUAAGUGGUAUUCAAAAUCAAUUACAAGAAAAUGCUCAACAAAUUGCUACUUUAACUACUCUUGUGUCUAAAAGUGUUGCUAGUAAUGAGUCAAAAGCUAGAGUUUGUGGAAUUUGCUAUAAUGAGUCUCAUCCUACUGAUAAAUGUCCUGAAUUGCAAUCUGAAGAUGUGAAUGCUAUAGGUGGUUAUUCUGGCCAAAGAAAAUAUGAUCCUUACUCACAAACUUAUAAUCAAGGUUGGAAAGACCACCCUAAUCUAAGGUAUGGAAAUAGACCUCAACUUCCACAAUCUAAUCAACCAAGGCAAUACGGUCAACCAAAUCCACCAUCCCAAUCUGGUCCUUCACUAGAAGAUUUAGUUAAACAACUAACAAAUCAAAUAGGACAAGUCCAUAACCAGGGUGUUGAGUAUCAAAAGAAAACUGACACGCGCCUUCAUCAUAUAGACACUCAAAUAGGUCAGAUUUGCACUUCUCUAAGUAAUCUUGAAACUCAACUUUCAGGUAAACUUCCAUCACAAACAAUCCCUAAUCCCAAUGGUCAUGUUAAAGCUGUCACACUUAGGAGUGGUAAAGUGCUAACUGGACCUAAAAUGAAAAGUCGUGAAGUUGAAAAAGAGAUAGAAGUCAAUCUUAAAGUUGGAUCAAGGGAAAGAGUGGAAAGUGAGGGUACUGUGAAGGAGAGUGAAAAAGAAAAUGAAGGGGAGAGUAAAACUGAAUCUGAUUCUGUUGUUUCUCGUUUUAAAGAUUUGCCUCCUUUCCCUUCUCGAUUUGCUAAAGCUAAGAAAGAGAGUCUUGACAAUGAAAUUCUAGAAACUUUUAGGAAAAUUGAAGUCAAUAUUCCCCUUCUUGAUGCUAUUAAACAGGUACCUCGUUAUGCAAAGUUUCUUAAGGAACUUUGUACUAACAAAAGGCAUUUUCGUCCUUCUGAAAAGGUAAGUAUAGGGGAAAAUAUUUCAGCUAUUAUCCAAAAGAAGCUUCCCCUAAGUGUAAGGAUCCAGGCAUGUUUUGUAUUCGUUGCAAAAUUGGUGAUUCUAAGUUUGAAAGGUGUAUGCUAG